UACCGCCCCGGAAGGGCCCGGCGCGGCCGCCGAGCGGGGCCACUGGCGGCGGCAGGAGACAGAGGAGCCGGCCCGGGACCCGGCGGGCGCGUCCGGUCGCCGGGAGACGACGGCUGGUGCCCCUGCCUGCGGGCGACCGCGGGGCGGGCGGGAAUGCUCUGCGGCGGGGGAACGGGAAGCCCCCGCCGCCCGGAGCCCGCCCUGGCCUCGCGGCUAGGCCUCGGCGCGGCCCUGGGCUCGGGUAACCAAGUUCCCGGGGCGGAUCCUGCCCGGCCGCGGCGAGCAAACUCCCUGCUCGGUCACCCGGUGGGAGCGGGACUCGCUGCCGACCGGCCGGCCGCGGGCCCCUCGACCUGCGUGCACUACCUCCCUAAACCGGGUGUCAGCUGUGAUGCAUGUUUAAAAGGAAAUUUUCGAGGUCGCAGAUAUAAGUGUUUAAUUUGCUACGAUUACGAUCUUUGUGCAUCUUGUUAUGAAAGUGGUGCAACGACGACGAGGCAUACAACUGACCACCCAAUGCAGUGCAUAUUAACAAGGGUAGAUUUUGAUUUGUACUAUGGUGGGGAAGCUUUCUCUGUAGAGCAGCCACAGUCUUUUACUUGUCCCUAUUGUGGAAAAAUGGGCUAUACGGAGACAUCUCUUCAAGAACACGUUACUUCUGAACACGCAGAAACAUCAACAGAAGUGAUUUGUCCAAUAUGUGCGGCAUUACCUGGAGGCGAUCCUAAUCAUGUCACGGACGACUUUGCAGCUCACCUUACACUUGAACACAGAGCCCCUAGAGACUUAGAUGAAUCGAGUGGCGUUCGACAUGUACGUAGAAUGUUUCACCCUGGCCGGGGAUUAGGAGGUCCUCGUGCUCGUAGAUCAAACAUGCACUUUACUAGCAGUUCUACUGGUGGACUUUCUUCUUCUCAGAGUUCAUAUUCUCCAAGCAAUAGGGAAGCCAUGGAUCCUAUAGCUGAGCUUUUAUCUCAGUUAUCGGGAGUGAGACGUUCUGCAGGAGGACAGCUUAAUUCUUCUGGCCCUUCCGCUUCUCAGUUACAACAACUGCAGAUGCAGCUGCAGCUCGAACGGCAGCACGCCCAGGCGGCACGGCAACAACUGGAGACCGCGCGCAACACCACCCGGCGUACUAACACAAGCAGUGUCACCACUACAAUCACACAGUCCACAGCAACAACAAACACAGCUAACACAGAGAGCAGUCAGCAGACUAUCCAGAAUUCCCAGUUCCUUUUAACAAGGUUGAAUGAUCCUAAAAUGUCUGAAACAGAGCGCCAGUCCAUGGAAAGUGAGCGCGCAGACCGCAGCCUGUUUGUCCAAGAGCUCCUUCUGUCCACUUUAGUGCGCGAAGAGAGCUCGUCCUCAGACGAGGAUGAACGGGGGGAGAUGGCAGAUUUUGGUGCUAUGGGCUGUGUAGAUAUUAUGCCUUUAGAUGUUGCUUUAGAAAACCUAAAUUUAAAAGAGAGUAAUAAAGGAAAUGAGCCUCCACCACCUCCUCUUUGAUGACAUCCCAAUUCGCAGACAAUGUCCUCUGUGCUGUAUUUGCCAAUGAAAGUGGACAACAACUA